GCGGCGGGGUGGGGUGGGGUGGUAAGAUGGCGGCGGCGGGGGCGGCCCCGCGCAGGCGCGGCCCGGUGCUGUCAUGGCGGAGAAGGUGCAGAAGAGCGUGAAGAUCGCGCCGGGGGCCGUGGUGUGCGUGGAGAGCGAGAUCCGCGGGGACGUGACCAUCGGACCCCGCACGGUGAUCCACCCCAAGGCCAGGAUCAUCGCCGAGGCGGGACCGAUCGUCAUCGGGGAGGGCAACUUGAUCGAGGAGCAGGCGCUCAUCAUCAAUGGGUAUCCAGAGAAUAUUACACCCGAAGCGGAGGAGGUGGAGCCCAAGCCAAUGGUCAUUGGCACCAACAAUGUUUUUGAGGUUGGGUGUUAUUCCCAAGCAAUGAAGGUGGGAGAUAACAACGUCAUUGAAUCCAAAGCAUUUGUUGGCAGGAAUGUGAUCCUGACGAGUGGCUGCAUCAUCGGGGUCUGCUGUAAUGUCAACACCUACGAGGUGAUCCCUGAAAACACCGUCAUCUAUGGGGCUGACUGCCUGCGCCGUGUCCAGACCGAGCGGCCACAGCCCCAGACGCUGCAGCUGGAUUUCCUGAUGAAGAUCUUGCCAAACUACCAUCACCUAAAGAAGACCAUGAAGGCCGCGUCCACUCCGGUCAAGAGCUGAGCACCUUCUGCUGCCGGUGGCCGAUGGGGGGGGUUGUUUGGUCCUGCGAAGCACUACGUGGCCCCCAGGAAGCAGCUAGUCUCCAUGUCCCUCAUUCCAUCUUUGAAAACAAAAAAAAAAGUCUUGCUUCCUUGUGUCCUUUAUUUAUAUGCCACCGAGGAUCUCGGACUGGCAUUGGAUCCGCUGUCUCUUGUGCACUAACUCUGUUGCAUGUGAUUUGUUUUAGGAAUAAAAAUGUCACCU